AUGAAGGAAAAUAAGACCGAGAGCAAGUCCAAGUCAGACGUCGACCACAGCAGCGAUGAAGAGGAGGCUAGUUAUCCGGCUCGCAAGCGAAGCAAAAAAGAGGAUGGAGACGCGAAGAAGUCGACAUCGAGCGCUCCCGCAUACGGCAAGGGCCAUCCCAGGGCCAACGAGCUCAACCCCCGGCUGCCUAAGAACGUCACCCCACUGGAGGACCUUCGCAAAGCCCUCUCUUCGAUUAGGACGCUAGAGCCAACGUGGACCAAUGGCAGAAAUGUGAUCUACUGGCAGCGCAACAAGGAUCUCCGUAUCGCCGACAAUCACGCGCUGAGCCUCGCGUCGUCGAUCGCGCAGAAGAACAAGGCGCACAUCAUUGCUCUGCACGUGCUCUCGCCGUCCGACUACGCGGCGCACGACCGUAGUCCGAGGCGCGUGGAUUUCAUCCUGCGCAAUUUGCGCAUCCUACAAAAGGACUUCAAAGAGCGCUUCAACAUCCCAUUUGUCGUCGUAGAGCACAAGGACCGUAAGACGCUGGUGGACAGGGUGCUUCAGCUUGCAGACGAGUGGGGGGCGACAAACAUCUGCGGCAACAUCGAAUAUGAGGUGGACGAGUUGUGGCGCGAUGCAGCGCUUGUCCGCAAAGCGGAGAAAUCAAAGAACACCAUACAUGCAGCCUUUGUGGACGAUGCCUAUGUCGUCCCCCCCGGAAAGGUCAUCACCAAAGAUGGAAGACCAUACAGUGUUUUUUCGCCUUGGAAUCGUGCGUGGACGGCGUACAUUGAGAAACAUAAGGACAUGCUCGAGGCGCAUCCUGACCCGGAACCUAACGACAAAAAGGCUAUCACGAGCGACAGUAAGUUGCAGAAGCUCUUCGACAGCAAAGUACCGGACCACGUCAGCGGCUUUGAGUGCGAUGCCGAUGACCAAAAGUAUAUGGCCAAGCUCUGGCCGGCGGGAGAGGAGGCCGCACAGAAGGUGCUGCAGAACUUCUUCUACAGCAAAGGCGGCAUAUCCAUGUUCGAGGAGCCUGCGACGGGCGAACCGAGGACCAUGGUCAAGGAAGCCGACGCGAAGAAGGGAGAGGAGACGCGUCUGUCUCGCUACAGCACUGGGCGCAAUCUAAUGAACGAGAACGGGACAUCGCACAUCUCGCCCUACCUCGCCGCUGGCAUCGUCUCGGCGCGCGAGUGUCUGCGCCAGACGAAGGCUAUCACAAAGAACCGCCUGCACGUCGGCCGCGACUCGGGCCCGGCCAUGUGGAACACGGAGAUAUCCUUCCGCGACUUCUACGCGCACGUCCUCUCCGCGUGGCCACGUGUCUGCAUGGGCCGCGCAUAUCUGCUGAAGUAUGAGGACGUCAUCUGGGAGAGCGCGGAAGGGGAAAACUUGGAGAGGUGGAAGCAGGGCAAGACUGGCUACCCGAUCGUCGAUGCGGCCAUGCGCCAGUGCAAGAAGCAGGGAUACAUGCAUAACCGCGGGAGGAUGAUCACCGCCAUGUUUCUUACUAAACAUCUCAUGAUCGAUUGGAGGGAGGGCGAAAGGUGGUUCAUGCAGAACUUGAUCGACGGCGACUUUGCCAGCAACAAUGGUGGCUGGCAAUGGUCUGCCUCAACCGGCACCGACCCGCAGCCGUACUUCCGCAUCUUCAACCCGCUCAGCCAGUCCGAGAAGUCCGACCCGGAUGGAUCGUACAUCCGGCACUGGGUGCCCGAGCUGAAGAAUGUCAAGGGGAACGCAAUCCACGCGCCCUAUGACCGCAUGUCGAAGGCUGAGUUUGAUAAGUUGGGAUACCCCAAGCCGAUCGUUGAGCAUACUGAGGCGAGGCAGAGGGCGCUGAGGAGGUUCAAAGCACCCGGCAAGAAGUAG